UCCUGCCAGCAAUGCCGUGUCUUCUCUAAGUUUUUUUUACCCUGUUGGAUACCAGCGUCCUGUCUCUGCGCGUCCCUCUCCAAUGCGAUCCUCUUGUCCCGGACUGAGGCCGUUCACUGGUACUGACAGGAUGAUGAUGAGGAUAAAGGGAGGAGGCCACAGCCGAAGAUGCAGACCUCGCUAGAAUCCCACCUCACCUAAAAACACAAACAAAAAAAAAAAACACCUCCCCUCUCCACCAUCACCAUCCUCAUCAUCCACCGCAGCUGCUGCUAUCCAUCCCCGCCGGCAGCAUGGCCAACCACCUGGAGCUGAUCCAGGAGCUGCAGCAGCUGGACAAGGUGCCCAGUCUGGAGAGGCUGCGGACAGCACAGAAGCGCCGUACCCAGCAGCUCAAGAGGUGGGCCGUGUACGAGAAGGAGAUGCAGAACAGGAAGAGGAAGGCCGACAAGAAGAGUCGCAACAUAAUCAGCCUCCAGCAGUCAGAGUCCAAGAGGCGGGUGUCCUUCGCUGCCAGCGUGGCCCUUCUGGAGGCUUCGGCCAGGAACGACCCCGAUGAAGUUCGCUACUUACUGAGGAACAAUGUGAGUCCAGAUCUCUGUAAUGAAGACGGUCUCACCGCCCUGCAUCAGUGUUGCAUAGACAACUAUGAGGAGAUGGUGAAGCUCCUGUUGGACCGGGGAGCCAACGUUAACGCUCAGGACAACGAACUGUGGACGCCGCUGCACGCUGCUGCGACCUGCGGCCACGCGGGACUGGUCAAAAUACUCAUUGCGCACGGUGCAGAUCUUCUGGCAGUCAACUCAGAUGGAAACAUGCCCUAUGACCUGUGUGAGGACGAUCCAACGCUGGACAUCAUAGAGACUGCCAUGGCAAACAGAGGCAUCACUCAGGAGAUGAUCAAUGAGACCCGGGCAUCCACGGAGAGGAAGAUGAUGGGAGACAUCCAGGAGAUGCUGAGGCUAGGAGACAAUGUCAACCAACAGGACUCUCAGGGAGCCACACUGCUCCACAUCGCAGCAGCAAACGGUUAUGUGCAGGCUGCAGAGCUGCUGCUGCUGGAGGCGGGAGCUAGAGUGGACCUGAGAGACACGGAUGGAUGGCAGCCUCUUCAUGCGGCAGCGUGCUGGGGUCAAAUGCAUGUGGCAGAGCUGCUGGUGUCACAUGGAGCCAAUCUCAAUGCCAAGACCUUCCUAGAAGAGACUCCGAUUGAUCUGUGCGAGGAUGAGGAGUUCAGAGCCAUCCUGCUGGACCUGAAGCACAAACAUGACACCAUAAUGAAGUCUCAGCUAAAACACAAGACCUCACUGUGCAGGCGGACUUCCAGCGCGGGGAGUCGCGGAAAAGUGGUGCGGCGAGCUAGUUUGUCCGACAGACACAACCUGUGUCGCAAGGAGUACGAGACUGAGGCCAUCGUGUGGAGGGGAGGAAGAGAGGGGGCGGAGGAGAAGGAGAAAGAGUCUGAUCAGGAGAAUAAACAGGUGAAGCCUGUCGUAGCUGUGAAGCUGCCAGAGGAGCCCGAGCUGCCCACCAUCCUCAAAGACUGCAGCGGCAAACAGAAUGGCCUCAUCACAACGACGACGUCCACGCCGCCCCAGGCGCCGUCCAACGGCAGCGCGCCGACGUCCAACAAGGGGAUCAUCAGCUCCCAGACUUCCCAGGAGGACCUCGGAUCAAAGGAGCGCGCACAGACGUUGUCGGAGUUAAAGAAGCAGAGGGCCGCCGCCAAACUGUUGAAUCACCCCCUCUUUAACGGCCACCUUGGAAAUGGCUCCACAGACUCCUUCUCUGAUCCCAAAAUGUACUCGGAGGACCCUCGGAUGCCGCUGGUCUCCUCCAACGGCAACGCGGUUUACUACACACCGGCCAGCGGCGAUCCUCCCCUCCUCAAGUUCAAACAGCCCUUAGAGGAGGAGCAGCCCAAGGCACGGACCUGCUGCUGUGUGUCGUAGCCUCUUGGUGACGUGACCGUUGACAAAGCAGCAAAACUAAAGAGGAAAGGAGGCGAGGAAGGAAGUAAAUGAAGAGUAUAUCUGUUUUUGGCAUCCUUUUCCUGUCCCACUUUAAAGACUCUGUCCAGAGAAGUUGUACCAACUUUGUGUGUGAGUCCUCCUGCGGUCGGAUAGAGCUUUCCCAAAGCAGGCAGCUGAACAGAGAACAGAGGUGUUUGCAUGAAGUUCAGGUAGAAGAGGAACUGGUUCAGUGGGCCUGAGUGCCUGCAGUAGAAUCACCAAGAUCGGGGAUUUUUCUUGAAACCUUGGAGGGAUCAAAAAUCCUGACGUACUGAAGAAGCAAAAAUCCCCAAACGUGAUGUAUGGUCUGCCCUCAAGCCGAGCUGGAAACAAGAAAUCGAGCCUUAUCAGGUCAAGAAACAUUUUCAUCCAGGACUUUCAUCCAGACAUCGGUCUGCUUUUUUUUUUUUUUUUUUUUUUUUUUUUAACUAGGUUUAGUCAUUUUCGAAUGUGCAAGAAGACCUUGCUGGAGGAAGAUUACAACACACUUUGUUGAGGAACAGCGAAACGUAGCAUGAUGUCUAAAGUCUCCUUUGCGCUUAAAUAGUAAAAGGG